CUUAAGAAUAGUGAAUUUGCUUACCCCGUAUAACAUGAAGUGGUGUAUUAUAUUGAUGUCGAUGUUUGCUGUCACAUGCAGUAGGCCACAGGACAACGUACACCAAAAUGAGGAAACCACCGUAGAAUUGGAAAAGCAAACAAUCGUUGAAGUAACUCCAAAUCUUCGAAAAUAUGUGGAUCAAUUUCCACACCCAACGCAAAGGAAAAUAGAAGACAGUACCAAGGAAAUCCUAGAGAAAAUCGCAGAAGUCAAUAGAAGACAAGGACUCGUGUCAAGAAGAGACAAACCAAACUACUUCCAUUUCCCUUUUAGUUACUCAAGAUCCCAAGAAGAACAAAAUGCCCAUAGUGGGCUCAGUAAAGAAAAAACAUUAACAAGAAGCCCUUUCAGUAAUCCAAUUCUGGAAUAUUUGCUUGCGAAUAAAAAUCAAAAUGAAGAAACAGACACAAAAGUUCAGUCACCUAACCAACAACCUGAUAGUUAUGUAGACAAUUAUGGCUCAGAAAAAUCGUUUUCAACUAAUGAUUUAGCUGGUAUAACUAAGGAAGACAUUAUUCCUGGCCAAUACAUAAAGAGGAAGAUAGUACACCAGCAAACGUUUGCAAUACCCAUGCCAAGCAUGUACCCGUCGCAGCCUAACUUUAUGACACCUCAAAAUAUGCCGUCCAAUGUAAUGCCACCACAAAAUAUGCCUUCAAAUGUAAUCCCAAUAGGGGUAAACUUACCACCAAGUUUUUCCCUCCAGCCCCCAUCGAUUAACGAAAACAAAGAAAAAUCCAGUGCAGGUGAAGAUAGGAAAAGUCUCAGCAGCUUAGAAAAGCAAACAGUGGAUAACAUUAAAAACAUUGUAUCUAACUCGCAAAUGUUGCAAUCACAAGGCUACCCUUUUUUGUAUAACCCAUACUUGCAGUAUCCUCAAGCAAGUGCGGAUCAAUACCAAUUCAGUGGUUUUAAUACACCGAACAAAGUUAUUCCCGAACAAACAGAUGAUCAAUAUGCGUAUCGAGUGUAUGGACCUUUUGCACUACCUAACUCUGAUAAGGGUAGACAGAAUUGGAAUUGGCCAGGUGCUAACUAUUUCCCAAUUUAUAUUCGAGAUCCCUUUCUUCAGUUUUAUAAUGCUAUUACAAGCAUGGUAGAAUACGGACCUAGUGCCGGUCAAGGUGGACCAUGCAAGCGACCGCCUAAGAUAAAAAGCAAAGGUGAAACCGUAUCCAGGGAAGGAAAGAAAGCUGGUUCAGAAAGAGACAGGGAACAAAUUGUCGUAGAAAUGGGAGACAAGACUUCCGGACAAAUCACUAUAUACGGAGCCGAUGAUGAAGACAACAAUACCAGCAGUUACUUAGAUAUUGAGAAUAUAGAUAUAGGAGGGAACAGAGAAAGUGGAUUAAAAUUUACAGUGAGUUUAGCAGCAGGUGAAAGAGAAGCUAAGGGAUCUGAGGAAAGGAUGAUAGCAUUGAAAACUGUAUGGGAUAAGUCUAAGGAAUCUGUUAAAUCAAGCGGGACUUAUAACACUUCUAGAUCUUCCAGUAAGCUAGAAAAGUUCUCGGAAAGUGCAAAGGACGUUAAAGCACCUCCAUUUUUUAAGCCUCAAAUAAAACCAUCGACUACUUCACCUCCUAGACAACAACCCGUUCAAACCCCUCCUAUACGAGAUCCAACAGUGCACGUUGAAGAAAUAGACGACGAAUUUGACGACGAUGAAAAAUCCGAAGAAAUUUCCAUUUCCAACGAUGGCAACAAAAAACUAUUCAGCAGAGACAAUACGGGCAGUGGAAUCUUCAUCCACAAAUUGAAAGUUAGGAAGGGUGGUGUAGCUAUUGCCGGUCCUGGUGGUAUAGCCACGGCAGGAAGUGGUGGAACAGCCAUUGUUGGUCCAAAUGGAGUUGCUUAUACUCAGCCGGACAGUCUGGCGAUCGCCGGUUCCGGAACUAAAGUUGUGGCAGUGGAUCCUACUAUAAAUUUGGGAGAUUUGAUAAACAAUACUUCUCUAGGAAACAAGACUAACGCAGCAGCAUUUCCUCCAUCUAGAGUGGGAAAAGUGGUAGCCGUAGGGCCAGUAAUAUAUUAUAACAAAGGAUGAUCGCUGAGUUUACUUCAGUGUUGUACAUAGAGUAAGGAUGUAGGUGUGGCAUGACUUCUAAAGGAUUCCAGUUUAGGUCGUCUAUUUUCAUAAAUAAAUAAGAAACACAAAAGACUGAAAAAAAUUGUGUUAUUCCAUUAAUUAUAAAAAUUGUGAAGCUUUAAAUGUGAGUGAAUUUUUUCGCAAUCUCUAUUGCUUAAGUAGUUAAGAAUGUACGAGUAUCUACCAAAGAAGGAAGAUGUUUAGAUUCACCUCU